AUGACCAUGAUCGGUGCACUUAAGCCCCGACCCAAACCUUCAGAUAACCAAUCAGAAGAGGUUGAUGAUACAUCAGAGCCUAUGGAGAUAGAAAAUGAAAGUGCAAAGAGGACCUUAAGAAAAAGGAAAGAAAAGGUUCCCAAGCACCUUAAAAGAGAGGCUAACCCACAAGAGUUGGAGAACUUCAAGAAGAGAGUUUUGAAGAUCCCAACAGACAGACCCUUUGAAGAAGUUUACUUCACACACAUGUUGUGGAUGUUCUUCAGAGAGACAAGAGUUACAGACGCUGACAUUGAAAAGAUGUUCAACCAAGUCAGAGAUGAGCUAAAGAAUAAGGUUACCUUGAAGAAGAAGAGUGAUCCUGGAGAAUUCAUUAUCCCAUGCCGCAUCAAGAGCAUCGAAUUCACCCGUGCACUAUGUGAUACAGGAGCAUCAGCCAGCAUCAUACCAAAGUUUAUAGCAGAUCAUCUAGGUCUGAAGAUAGAAUCUACAAAGGAGUUCUUUUGCUUUGUAGAUUGUUCAAGGAAGAGUUCAUUGGGAAUCACCAAAGACCUUGAGGUACAGAUUGGCAAUGCCCUAGUUCCAGUUGACUUCCAUGUCCUAGACAUAAAGUUUUAUUGGAACUCUUCUCUAUUACUUGGAAGAGGAUUCUUAGCCACUGUUGGAGCUGUUUGUGAUUUGCAAACAAACAAGAUGUGCUUGACACUGAUCAAACAGAAGAUUUACUAUGAUCCAGUCAAGAUUGUCAAGCAACAUAAGUCCUGUAACCAGCCUCCAGAUGAAGCUAAACUCGUAGCAGAUUGCUACUGUGAAGUCGAGUACGAAACAGAGUACUAG